UCAGAUAACAGGUCCGGGAUGGAGUGCAAACAUGUGCAGACACACACACACUUAAAUAUCUGUUUCACCAAAGCCUCUCUUACUGUAGACUGACUGUAAGGUGCAGUGGAAGCAUCGUGACGGACUGACUGACUGACUGACGGACGUUCGGCAUGUUUUAACUCUGGUGAAACCGUCUGUGCGUCGACAUAUGGAACAUGUGGAUGGAUAGAAAGUGAACCUGCAGCACAGUGAACCAGGAUGAGAGGAGCAACAGGAGGAUCUUAACUUACACGACGACAACUGGAUUUCAGCACAGUGACCAUGGACCUGAGGAGCAGCCCCUCCUGAAAUCAGCAGAGGCCACGCCCAUCAUGGAUGAGUCAGACUUUGUGGACGAUGACGGGAAAGACACACCGAUGCACCAGCCUGGAUACUCUCAGGCAGACACCGCGCUGUUAUACCCCCCCUCUCUGUCCCCCGACCCGGUCAGCCCGCUGACUCACCUGGGGACGCUGCUGGCCGGACACGACGCACCGAGGACCGGCAACGGAUGGGACAGGAGACUGGACCCAGGGUUUCAAGGCUGUCAGUUACUGGGAACAACAAGGGAAACAGGAAGAGAAGCUCAUGCAGACCAGAGCGUCAUCAUCCUGCACGCCAAGGUGGCUCAGAAGUCCUACGGCAACGAGAAAAGGUUCUUCUGCCCUCCUCCGUGUGUUUACAUCAGCGGCCAUGGAUGGAGGGUCAUGCAGGAUCACCUCAAAGCGGCUGGUUAUGGAGACUCUGUAUAUCGAGUGUAUGGUUACAUGUGUCUGGACAGCUCCAGUCAGUCUCAGGCAGACACAUUCAAACUGGUCUUCGAUGAACAGCCAAACUCCAGGCAGAUGUUCGCCUGCGCCAAGUCCCUGUUCAUCUCCGACCAGGACAAGAGGAAACACUUCCGCCUGUUGCUGCGACUCUUCCUGGGCAACAGACAGGAAGUGGGUUCUUUCCAGAGCAGAAUGAUCAAAGUCAUCUCCAAACCCUCCCAGAAGAGACAGUCCAUGAAGAACGCCGACUUGUGUAUCUCCUCGUGCUCCAGAGUAGCUUUGUUCAACCGUCUGCGCUCACAGACGGUCAGCACUCGUUACCUCUCAGUGGACAGAGGAGCUUUUGUUGCCAGCGCCAGACAGUGGACGGCGUUCACUAUCACCAUGGGUAAAUUGGAGGACCAACGUGCUGACCAAGGAGACUUUGUGCUGAGCGAAGGCUUCAUCUGUUACGGCUGUGUGGUCCAGUUAGUGUGUACUGAGUCUGGAGUAGCGCUGCCACCCAUGGUGAUUCGAAAGGUCAACAAGCAGCACGCCAUCUUAGACGUGGACGAGCCUGUUUCUCAGCUCCAUAAAUGUGCCUUCCAGUUCAGAGACAGUCCUCAGUCCUACCUGUGUUUAUCCAACGACACCAUCAUACAGUACCAGGCUCCCUCCAGCGUCAAAGACCCCAGCAGAGUGGUGCUGAACGACGGAUCCUGUUGGACCAUCAUCGGAGUGGAAACAGUGGAAUUCACCUUUAAUCAGGGUCUGGCCUGCAUCCAGACACCAGUCAGUCCUUUUCCUGUUAUCACAGGGUUAGAGGUGAAUGGUGGGGGACACGUCGCCAUGCUGGAAGUCCAUGGAGAAAACUUCAGCCCUCAUCUCAAAGUCUGGUUUGGCAACAGUGAAGCUGAGACCAUGUUCAAGUCUCCCAAAUCUCUGCUCUGCGUCGUUCCUGACGUCUCUGUUUUCAGUGACGGCUGGCGCUGUCUGCGCCGCAUCAUCACCGUCCCUCUGUCUCUCAUCCGAUUGGACGGCCUGAUUUAUCGCACAACGUUCAGUUUCACCUACACCCCCGAGCUCCAGCCGCCUCCGUCCGUCCGAGGGGCAGGAGGAGGAGGGAAGAGAGACGGAGGGGUGGACGGAGGCCAGGAGGACGAUGUCCUGUUAGAGACCAUCCAUCAGGAGUUCACCAGAGCCAACUUCCACCUCUUCAUGCAGAGUUAACUGAACUGUCCUCAGGUGAAUGUCUGCAGUCUGAUGAUCAGGCGGAGAUCACAACAGAAACUGAUCGUCUGCUUUUACAUCAGUUCUGGUCCAACUUUAAAGUCACAGGCUUUUCUCUGGGCCACAGUGUUCUCUCCUGUUAAGCUCUGGUAAUGUUUACUGGGUCAGAAUAUUCAGUGGGUACACUGGAAUCACCUGACAACAAGAUAAUAAGAAAUAUGUGAUUUAUAAUUAUCGAUCAGUUAAAUCCACUUCACACUAAUGCCCUCAAAUUAUUUAGGAAACAGUGAAGAACAGUGAAUUUGAAAACAUCUAUUCUUCUGUUUCAGACUAAAACUGAAACACCCCAGAACGUGUGACUCUAAAAACAGCAGCUUGGUGUUUGUCGUGAAGUAAAGAACUCUCCUUCACCUCUAAUCUUUCUGUGGUCAAUCAGUUUUAAUAAAUGAGGAAACAGUAACUUCAGAGAGUAAACUGCCCACUCA